GAUCAACUGCCCUCAUUCUUCGCCAUUCUCCAUUCUCAAUUCCGUCAGAUCCUUCCAUGAUUCCAUCUUCUUCGUCCUCCUGGCAUAAAAAAACCCUCCAAAACCCCACUGAGGAAAAAACCCCUUCACCUCCUUCUUCUAGUUCUCCAACCUCAUACAUGAAACCUCUCAUUAAUCACUAACACAUUUUAUCAAACAGUACAUAUACACAUAUAUACUGAGGAAUAAUCCCAGAUUAGUAAACCACCAAUGGAGGCGAAGAAGGAGUUCGUUUUGUUGGUUUUGUGCUUGAUUUUGUCUCCAUUAUGCUCCAAAUCAUUACAGAACAGUACAGAUGAUGGAGAUCAACAACAACAACAGAAUAAUCCCGGAGAUAUUAAUUGGUGGUGCAAUCAGACGCCUCACCCGGAUCAGUGUAUAUACUACAUGGGUCAAGACCCGGACCGUUAUAAACCCAACAGUAGAGACGAAUUCAGGAUGAUGACGGCAGAAGUGGCCCUGGAGCAAGUCUACGCGGCCCAGCAGAAUGCCAGGGAUCUCAAGCAUGAAUGCCACAGUAAAAGGAAAAAAGUGGCCUGGAAGGAUUGCACCAAGCUUCUCUCAAACACAAUCCUCCAACUCAAACGCUCAAUAGAGAGCUUCCGGGCCAACCAAACCAGUGAUUUUGAUGGCCAGACUUGGCUCAGCGCCGCCGCGACGAACCUCGAGGUUUGCCGGACGGGAUCCCUGGAUUUAAAUGUCACGGAAUUUAUUUCUCCGAUUGUUUCGAAUAAUGUGUCCCAAUUGAUCAGCAAUUCUCUGGCGGUGAACGGGGCGCUGAUGGAGGAACAGGGUUACACGGAUGGGUUUCCGAAUUGGGUCACGACCCGGGAGAGGGUAUUGCUUCAGUCCGCGAAAUUAUCCCGGAAGGCUAAUGCGGUCGUGGCGCUUGACGGGUCGGGUCACUUCAGGUCCAUUCAAGCGGCCAUCAAUUUUGCAACAUCUAGGAGAGUCGGGAAUCAGAGGGUUUUGAUAUAUGUGAAAAAGGGUGUUUACAGAGAGAACAUUGCGAUUACCGCUGCAAUGAAUAAAGUCAUGCUGAUUGGUGACGGGUUGAGGUACACUAUCAUCACCGGCGGCCGGAGUGUCGCCGGCGGAUACACCACCUACAGCAGCGCAACUCUUGGAGUUGACGGAAUAGGAUUCAUGGCUCGAGGCAUUACCUUCCGAAACACCGCCGGCCCCCAAAAUGGUCAAGCAGUGGCACUCCGAUCAGCCUCCGAUCUAUCGGUUUUCUAUGCUUGUGGAUUUGAAGGAUAUCAGGACACACUUUUCGUCCACGCACAACGUCAGUUCUACAAAAGCUGCUACAUAUAUGGAACCAUAGAUUUCAUCUUUGGAAAUGCGGCCGUAGUUUUCCAGAACUGCAUUAUCUAUGUCCGCAGGCCCCUGCAUGGGCAGAUUAAUGUAAUCACAGCCCAAGGCCGGGCCGACCCGUUCCAAAACACCGGAAUUUCGGUCCACAAUUCACGUGUAAUGGCGGCUCCGGAUCUUGCUCCGGUGGUCACGUCGUUUAGAACAUACUUGGGACGGCCCUGGAUGCAAUAUUCCCGGACAGUAUUUCUCAAGACUUAUUUGGGUAGCUUGAUAAAUCCAACGGGCUGGUUACCCUGGGAAAAGUCCAAUUUUGCACUUGACACAUUGUAUUAUGGGGAAUACAGCAACUUUGGGCCCGGUGCUUCCACGAAUUCUAGAGUGAAGUGGAGGGGAUACCAUACUAUAACCAGUGCAAAUGAAGCUUCACAUUUCACGGUUGCAAACCUCAUUGCGGGGCGGGCUUGGUUGCCUUCCACUGGGGUACCGUUUACUGCGGGCCUCUGAGGUGUCAUCAUACAUGAUUUUUCCCUAUAUUUGUUAAUUAUUGAUUAAUUUUGUACAUGUCAUGCCA